AUGGCUGAUAUAGAUCAGCAACAGGUCCAGUCUUUGGUUCUUUCGGCAGAAUUAAAUUCUGAGAAUGAAAAUUUAGAGCAGCUUGGACCCAUAAUAAAGUCUAUAUAUGAUAAUGGACGUCAGGAGGCGUUUCUCGAACAGCUGACAGUUUUUGUGAGAAAGAAGGAGGGUGAAAUUGAGAGAAUGUGCAAUAGUAAUUAUCAGGAAUUUGUACAUUCUGUAGAUCAACUUUUAAAAGUGAGACAAGGAACUGUGAAUCUUAAAAAUAAAAUAAUAGAUUUGAACUAUGAUGUUCAAUUAUCGGGUAAAAAGCUUGCAACAAAGAAAAAAGAGUUAAUACAAACUCGUAGAAUUCAGAAAAAUAUCGAUGAAGCCGUGGAGACAUUACAAACAUGUCUAUACGUACUGGAUCUUGCUAAUCGUGUCAACAAUCUGAUUGAAGUUGAUAUCGACAUCACUCAACCAAUUGAAUUGGAGGAGGUGAUACUUGGUGCUCUGGAAAUGGACUCUUUUGAUGUUUCAAUGAUAGGUGCGUCUAUUAAUUAUUAUCCUACAAAUGAUUUCUUUUUGAUCACCAAUAUUCGUUCACUGGCACCGACUUUUACAAUUGUUAUUAAAGAUCCCGUUGCCAUAUCGGACUAUUUUCGCUCCUCACCUCCUAUAAUAAUUCGUCAUGCGCAAACUUAUCGAGUUCCUAAUCCUCCUUCGCAGACUUUCGUAACUGCAACAUUUUCAUCUUCACUCGAUUUUAAAGUGUUAAUGUGCAAUCCGGUGUUACAAGGUAUAAUCUCGGAUCAAACGAAUCUUAUAAUUACAGACUUAUCGAGUGAGACAUUCACUAUCAACGAAGAAGACCAAUUGGAUGACACGUUGAUUGAUUUCGAUAAUGACGAGGAUAUUUUGGAACAGGAAGUAGUUCCAUUGGAAUUAGAUAGUUUCUCGUUGUUGAGCUCACAGAUGGAGAGUCCUACGAAUGGUCUUUAUUUCCGUAUGCCAGAUGAAUUAAAUGAACGCGAAUCAGAUUCGACGGCAUCUGUUUCAUUACCGUCAUCUGAAGAAGAGGGUGUUGAAAAUGGUGAUUCCACACAUUUAAAUCUAAAGAAAAGUGAGUUUAAGCCAUUGAUUUUGUCGAGUCCUCUGUUGAGAUUCUCACUUCAACCGACACCAAAGGAAAAUGAUGAUCCGGAAUCAUGGAUUCUAAUUAGUAUGUCAAUGUUAGCUAGAUUAGGAUGUCAAAGUGGUAGCUGGGUUCUAGUAUCAAGCACGAAAAAUAAACCACGACUAUGUCAAAUAUAUGCAGCCGAUAUACCCAAUUCAAUAAAUCAUUCAUUGCCAUCUGCUUAUAUCACUCCACAACUUCAUUUUAAUCUUGGCUUGAACAAAAAAUCUGUUGACACUUUAGAAAGCAUUAGCAUUCAAUCCAUCGAUAAAUCUCAUUCAUCGCCACCUGUUGCAAAGAGCUUGACUGUUGCCAGAGUAGCUUCUCCAUGUAGCCAUGAUAAGACUUUAUAUCUGGCGAGUUUGGAUGAACUGAAAAGAUGGUUUGAGGAUGUAGAAAGGAUUGUUUGUGAAGGCGAUGUAAUUUCCGUGCCUAUUGAUGAAGAAAAUGCUCGAUUAAGACCACAGAAAACAGAGGGCGACAUUGAAUCAUUAGAAGAUAUCAAAAUUCCUAUGGCACCUACAAAACAUACAGCUGUUGUGCACUUUAUUAUCACUCGAUUAGAACCCAAUGACAGGAAACAAAUUCUCAAAAAGGGAUACGGAAAAAGAAUUGACCCAAAACUUACGAAAAUGGUUCAAACAGGACUGGAACAUUCAAGGGUACCCCCUGUAAUAAAACGUUAUUUAAGAAUAUUUUCAGAAACACCAAUAGCACCACCAAUUGGCUCUGCACUUACUGCUCCUGAAACUCCAUACGCGAAACUUUAUGAUCUAGUAUCAUCAUGUUUAGAUCCAAGCGCUUCAUUACUUAAUCUCAGCUGCACAGUUUUACUACAUGGUCAACGUGGAUGUGGUAAAAAGACAACUGUUGAAUGGGUGUCAGAUCGUCUUGGAAUUCAUUUAUAUGAAGUAAAUUGUUUUGAUUUUGCUGGGGAGACUGAUGCGAAAAUUGAAACUUCUAUUCGUGCUAGACUUCAUAACGCUAUCACUUACUCCCCGUGCGUAUUUUUACUUAGACAUGUAGAAGCAUUAGCCAGAAAAAGUGCGGUAUUAGAAACUGGUCAAGAGCCAACAGUAUCAGUCACUUUACAAGAUUGUUUUAAACAAUUGGUAGGAUCUUUUAAAAGAAUUGGACAUCCUGUCUUGGUAAUUGGGACAACAAGUGAUAUUGAAAAGAUACCUGCAAGUGUCAUAGGUUGCUUCCGUCAUCAGAUUUCAUUUGAAGCUCCCGCUGAACCAGCCAGAUUAGCAAUUUUGGAACAAUUGACAAUUGACACUCCAUUGGCUCCCGAUGUAUCAUUGUCAUCGUUGGCUACUCAGACCGCCGCAUUAGUUGCUAAAGAUCUGACAGAUUUAAUAGCGAGAGCAGGAAUCGCGGCACUUGAACGAGUCGAAAAAGGUGUAAAGAAAUCGGAUAAACAAGUGCAAGAUGUCGAUUUAUUAAGAGCGGGAAUAGCAUUGACAGCAGCUGAUUUCGAAACAGCUCUCGGAAAGGCUAGAGCAUCUUACUCUGAUAGUAUAGGCGCACCCAAAAUACCCAAUGUAACCUGGGAUGAUGUGGGUGGUUUAGCGUCAGUUAAAGACGAUAUCUUGGAUACGAUUCAAUUACCUCUGGAACAUCCAGAGCUAUUUGCCAGUGGAAUGAAAAAACGAUCUGGUAUAUUAUUAUACGGGCCACCUGGCACUGGAAAAACAUUACUUGCCAAGGCAGUGGCCACUUCAUGUUCUCUAAACUUUUUUUCGGUGAAAGGACCCGAACUAUUAAAUAUGUAUAUCGGUGAAUCCGAAGCUAAUGUACGUCGUGUAUUUCAAAGAGCGCGUGAUGCAAAACCCUGUGUCAUUUUCUUUGAUGAACUUGAUUCGGUUGCACCUAAAAGAGGUGAAAAAGGAGAUUCUGGCGGUGUUAUGGAUCGUAUUGUUAGUCAGUUACUAGCUGAGUUGGAUGGUUUAGGUCAAGGAAGUGGAGCAGCUGAUGUAUUUGUUAUUGGUGCAACUAAUAGACCUGACUUGUUAGAUCCUGCGUUAUUAAGACCCGGACGAUUUGAGAAACUACUUUAUUUGGGAGUGAGUGAAGAUCACGAAUCACAGCUCAAUAUUAUUCGAGCAUUGACCAGAAAGUUUCGUUUGGCUUCUUCCUUGGAUCUUGCUGUCGUGGCAAAUAAGUGUCCAUUUAAUUAUACAGGCGCAGAUUUCUAUGCUCUAUGCUCUGAUGCAAUGUUAAAAGCAAUGGCUCGAACAGCCGAGGCUGUUGAGACAAAAAUUGCCGUUCUAAAUGCAAAUCCUCCACAUGACAGAAAAUGGACUGGCCCGUUAACAUCACAAUACUAUCUUGACCAUCUCGCAACACCACAGGAUAUCUACGUAGAGGUGACACAACAAGACUUUGAACGUGCCUUAAAAGAAUUAGUACCUUCUGUAUCAGAAAAAGAACUCGAACAUUAUCGGCUGGUUCAAAAACGGUUUACACAACAAGAUGGAAAAGACAAACAAAAUAAUGAUCAAGAAAAUACGAGUGCACCUAAUCACCAAAUUCAACAACAGACUGCAGCGUUUGAUAUCGAUUGGAAUAAUGAUAAUAAUAGCAGUGGUGGUAACGGAGUCAUAAAUGAAGGAUUUGGUAAUGCCAGCAGUUCAGCACAAAUACUUCCAUCGAUUCUUCCUCGACUACAAAGUUAUAGGCGCUUGCCUGCGUUCUUCUCUACAACUUCUUUUGAAACAGAUAUUGAAGACGGUUUGACUUCUGAAACGUUUGAUUUAUCACAAAACUUGCAUGACGGAGAUUCAAGAGCGGGUCUCGAAGACUCGGACGAAAUAAAGAAGAUUAUGAAACAAGAGGGGAUCGGGUUUGACCAAGCCCGUUUGAUAAGGCAACAACAAAAAUUCAAAACCAAUAAUAUCGACCCGCAAACUGGGGUUCCAAAAGAUCCGAAAUUUGUGUCUUUUUCAUAA